AUGAACAACAUCAAGGUGUUUUUGAACAGAAUCACUGCAGCUGGAAUUACUAAAACCCUCUCGUUGCCGUUUACAAGCUUGCAGACAUUUCCACAACCUGUCUUCGGCUUGCACCAUUUGACGAAGCUAGACCUAUCGCACAAUCAGCUGAAGGCCAUUCCCAAGGAAAUUUCAGCUUUCACAGAGGUGGUUGACUUGAAGUUAUCAUUUAAUCGGCUCAGGUCAGUUCCGGAAGAAGUUGGCCUGUUGGAACAUUUGCGUACUUUACAUCUGAACAAUAACCAACUGAGAGACCUUCCUGGCUCCAUGGCUGGUUUGGCAAGUCUCUUCGAACUUUGCCUACACAGUAACAAGAUGCGACACAUCCCACUGUGUCUUGGCGCCUUGGAGAAUGUACGAUACCUUUCGAUCGCUGACAACCCAAUUGAAGAUCCUCCACCAGAGAUC